GUCUCCAUCUAUAAAAAACCUAAACAUGAAGGGCUUGGUAGAGUCGUGGGCGUCUCAUCGCGCGACGGAGGGCCGAAGCUUCAACUGGUCCGAGCGCUGCUAUUUUCGGUGAAGGAGCUCACGAAUUCCCUUGAAAUCAACGCAGUCAGCUGAGAAUCCAUCACAUUGUCGCAGCUUUGCUAUUUAUUUUGUAGAUAUGUCGUUUUCACUGACUCCUUCCAAGAGAUCAUAUGAUCGGGGACUGGCCGAGCCUAAUGGCAAAGGAAAGUGGCAAAAGAUUGCUGGUUCUUAUUCACAUAAUCUGUCAUUGAAAAUCUCUCCUGGUUCCAUUGUUUUUCGUAUACUGUGUCCUGCAUCCAAAACUGGUAGUGUUAUUGGAAAAGGUGGCAUGAUCAUAUCACAUAUACGACAAGAAACUGGUGCAAAAGUCAGAGUUGAGGAAACUGUUCCUGGAUGUGAGGAGAGAAUAGUUGUUAUAGUAGGUUCUGAUAAAGGAGCUGAGGUUAGCAAUGAGGUUGGCAAAGAUGAUGGGGAAGAGAGUCCAGAUUCAAAUGCAGAAACUGAAGAUGGAGUUGAUGAGAAGGAGCAUGGUGAGAAAGACGAGGUUAAGGAAUCUGUUCCUGUGGAAGAUUUGCAUUCUGAAAAGGGCACUUCUUCUGUGCAGAAGGCUCUGUUACUUGUUUUUGAAAGAAUGGUUGAAGGAGAAUCAGAGACAGAUGGAGGGGAUGAUGAAAACAGUAAGUCUGCUGCGUAUGUUGCGAGGUUGCUUGUGCUUUCCAAUCAAGUGGGUUGCUUAUUGGGGAAAGGUGGCAGUGUAAUCAAGCAAAUGUCGGCUGAAAGUGGUGCCCAGAUUCGAAUUCUUCCCAGGGACAAGCUUCCUGCUUGCGCGUCGCCUUCAGAUGAACUAGUUCAGAUAACAGGGGGCUUAGAUGCAGCUAGGAAAGCUCUGCAGUUGGUUUCUCAACAGCUUUUGGAGAAUGCCCCUCGGGAUCAUGAGUCUUUUCCUGCCAGUUCUACUGGGUCAUCAUCUCAUUCACAGGGUCAUCCUCUUCCAAGGCUAGAAGGAUUCCCACCAACAAGCUUUCCCUUCCCUGCUCAAGGAGCGUCCUUUGUUGCUGGGCCUCGUGAUGGUGUUGAUUAUCAUUCUGCUGCUCCAUCAUUGAUUCCUAAAUUUCAUGAGAGUGGUGUCGCUGGUCGAAUGAAGCCUCCUCAGGAUAUCCUAAUCUUUCGGUUAUUAUGUCCUGAUGACAAGGUGGGUAGUAUAAUUGGAAAGGGAGGAACAAUAAUUAAGCAAGUUCAGCUUGAUACAGGCUGUGAGAUCAAAGUUCUGGAAGGAGUUGCUGAUUCGGAGGAUCGUAUUAUUGUCAUAUCUGGUCCAGCGCAUCCUGAUGAUAGGAUAUCUGCUGCACAAGAGGCAGUGCUGCGCAUUCAGAACAGGAUAGUUAGGGUUUCACCUGAUAACUUUGAGAAGUCAGUGGUAGCUAGGGUUUUGGUUUCUUCCAAUCAAAUAGGUUGCCUCCUUGGCAAAGGUGGUGCCAUCAUUGCCGAAAUGAGGAAGCUAUCUGGGGCUCAUAUUCGUAUAUUGGGGAAGGAACAGGUUCCAAAGUGUGCUUCAGAAAAUGAAGAAGUAGUUCAGGUAAAUGGGGAAUUCGAAGCAGUACAAGAGGCUCUUUUGCAGAUAACUUCUAGGCUGCGGCACCAUUUCGAUCGUGAUGCAUUUCCUUCUAUCAACCAUCCUUCAAACGCAGCUUUUCCAGAUCAAGUACCACCAUUUCCUUUAUAUAUGGGAAGGAGGGAACUUUCACCGCCUGGAAUGUAUUCCAAUUUAGGCCCGUCAUUCCACAAAUUUGAUGCUUUUGGUGGCUUACCUCCACAUGGUGGGUUCCACACUCAUGAUGAACGUUCUCCUUUUAUGCCCAAUAUUCACAGGCCAGUCAUACCUCCUCAGAUAGCUGAAAGAAAACCAUCUUCAGCCCCAUGGGGUCCUCAGGGACUAAUUGAAGGUGCUGGUCCAUUAGGUUUGCCUGACUAUGCAGGAAUUCCUCAAAGAAGAAACACUGGAUUUGGAGGAGGAAACCAGCCUGCUAUUAUCACAAACACCACUGUAGAAGUUAUUGUACCUCGAUCUCUUGUUCCUGUAAUUUAUGGAGAGGAUGGUGGAUGUUUGAAGCAAAUUCGUCAGAUUUCUGAUGCAAAAAUUACUAUUACUGAGCCAAAGCCCGGAGCAACAGAAACUGUGAUUAUAAUAUCUGGAACGCCUGAGCAAACCCAUGCUGCACAGAGUCUUAUUCAAGCAUUUGUAAUCAGUGAGACGGGAACUCCUUGAUAAUUUGGUUUUGAGGUAAAGUGCAGAGCUGCUUCUUUAUUUGCCCCUUAUAAUGGAGGACGUCCAUGUAGCCUGCAUGCACAAUGUACAGAACAUCUUAUUAUUCUUCUUUACUAUUAUUUGAUUACUUUUAACUGAAAUAAUUUUUAUAUAGGUUCUUAAAGUCUGCUUGAAACUUAAUACCUCAACUGAAGAUCAUGAAGAUUGGAGAAUGCCAAUAGUCUAAUUCUGCAGUUUUGUGAGUAAUUGUGCAACUUGAACCUUUACCAGGAAGUAGUUUCAGACUUUAAACUUUGCUGAUUCAUCUGACAAGUUGUGGAAAAUUUGCCUUUCAAUUUCAUUUGAAGGGUUAUCUGAAUGAUUAAGCCGUGUAAUUGUUUUUCACUGACACUGUAGGAAAGAAAUAUUUCUUUUCAAUUCUAUGUAUAUGUAUGGAUUGGAAGAAACUAUUUUUGUUUCAA